GCUAACUUGUGGGUGGGCCUCAUCCUGGUCAUCUCCUUCUUCCUGGUCAUCAGUGUUCUGGCCUUCCCUAACGGACCAUUUACCAGACCACAUCCGGCGAUAUGGCGAAUAGUUUUCGGUCUGAGUGUGCUGUACUUCCUGUUCCUGGUGAUCUGACAUCUCCCUGUUAUGGUCUGGUCAGGUCUGAGUGUGCUGUACUUCCUGUUCCUGGUGAUCUGACAUCUCCCUGUUAUGGUCUGGUCAGGUCUGAGUGUGCUGUACUUCCUGUUCCUGGUGAUCUGACAUCUCCCUGUUAUGGUCUGGUCAGGUCUGAGUGUGCUGUACUUCCUGUUCCUGGUGAUCUGACAUCUCCCUGUUAUGGUCUGGUCAGGUCUGAGUGUGCUGUACUUCCUGUUCCUGGUGAUCUGACAUCUCCCUGUUAUGGUCUGGUCAGGUCUGAGUGUGCUGUACUUCCUGUUCCUGGUGAUCUGACAUCUCCCUGUUAUGGUCUGGUCAGGUCUGAGUGUGCUGUACUUCCUGUUCCUGGUGAUCUGACAUCUCCCUGUUAUGGUCUGGUCAGGUCUGAGUGUGCUGUACUUCCUGUUCCUGGUGUUCAUCAUCUUCCUAAACUGGGAGCAGGUGAAGAACGUCAUGUACUGGCUGGACCCCAACCUGCGCUACGCCACCCGGGAGGCUGACAUCAUGGAGUAUGCAGUGAACUGUCACGUGAUCACCUGGGAGCGAAUCCUGAGCCACUUUGACAUAUUUGCCUUCAGCCACUUCUGGGGCUGGGGCAUGAAGGCCCUGCUCAUCCGCAGCUACGGCCUCUGUUGGACCAUCAGCAUCACCUGGGAGCUCACUGAGCUGUUCUUCAUGCACCUGCUGCCUAACUUUGCUGAGUGCUGGUGGGACCAGCUGAUCCUGGACAUCCUGUUGUGUAAUGGAGGAGGCAUCUGGAUGGGUAUGACUGUCUGUCGCUUCCUGGAGAUGAGGACCUACCACUGGGCCUCCAUCAAGGACAUCCACACCACGACAGGGAAGAUCAAACGUGCUGCGCUCCAGUUCACCCCGGCUAGCUGGACCUACGUCCGUUGGUUUGACCCCAAGUCUUCCCUGCAGCGCGUCACAGGGGUCUACCUCUUCAUGAUCAUCUGGCAGCUGACAGAGUUGAACACAUUCUUCCUGAAGCACAUAUUUGUGUUCCCGGCGUGCCACGCCCUCAGCUGGUGUCGGAUCCUCUUCAUCGGCAUCAUCACAGCUCCCACCGUGAGGCAGUACUAUGCCUACCUCACAGACACACAGUGUAAGCGUGUUGGGACACAGUGCUGGGUGUUUGGGGCCAUAGCGUUCCUGGAGGCCUUGGCGUGUAUAAAGUUUGGAAUGGAGCUGUUCUCCAAGACCCAGGUCCUCUAUGUGCUGGUGUGGCUGGUGUGCGUGGCCUUAAUCACAUUCCUGUGUCUGUAUGGGAUGGUGUGGUAUGCAGAGAUCUAUGGCCCCAAAGAGAAGGAGAACUGCAUUCUGAGGUUGAGGCUCCUCCCACCAGGCAGCGUGGGCGGAGCUCAGGGAAGAACAAAUCCACCAAUGGGCUGGGGAAGAAGUAAUGCUAGCCCUGCCACUCAGGGUGGAGUCCCGCCCUCUUCUCCUGUCAGAACCCCGGACCACAGAGGAAGAGGUGCAUGUUGGGAGAGAUGGAAGAGAAAGAAAGGAUAGACAACACUUUCCCUGUGCAUUUUAACGUACGGAGAAGCACCCAUCCAUAAGAGGGGAGAGUGGGCCCAGGUUAGGGGCAUGGUCAGUGGACAGGAUAGACAGACACCAUGUCCAUGCAGGGUUGUAGAGGAAGGAGAGGGGGGGGGGGGUGGCCUAUAGAUCAGAGAACCACACAGAUACCUACUGGUGGUUCACAUGAGCUCCUACCUACCCUACUGCUGAUCAGUUUGUGUGUGUCUGCGUAAGCAUGUGUGUGUGUGUGGUGGCAAUAUUGCUUAUCCUCAGUCGGAACAGAAGAAUGCAUGUUCCAUUGUACAGGAGUUGGUAAACUACUGUGAUUGGAGAACUACGUUUAUCCUAUACCAUAUAUCUGUCAUGUGCUUCAGCCCAUAGAAUUAGAAUACUAGAAUGGAUAUGAACCUUCUUAUGGUGGUCUACAGGCUGUCAGCCAUUUUGGUCAGGGAGGUGGUCAACCAUGGAUAAGAUAUUGUGUAAAAUAAUGAAAUGGAAGAAUUUGUCUGCAGUGUAUGUUUGUUAGCUAGCUAACCGGACAGCUUUUAGAGGAAUGAUUCAAUUAAUUUGUCAAAUUAACUGUCAAUAUGCCAACAUUCCAUUCAAACAAUCCAUACACUGGCUGGUUGGACUUAGGCUAGUUGUAAAUGCAACAAGUUGGCUAUUGAUAUUGUAUCAUAGUGACACUCACAGUUUUCCAAGAAAACAACAACAGUUUUGACAUUUAUGGUCUGUUUACAUAUAUUAUAGAGGCUAUAUCAAAAUGUGUAUAAAACCUGUAUAAACUGUAUUUAUAAUUAGGACUAUUUUAGAUUGAUGAUUACAUUCGACAUUUCUGAUAUCACAUGCCUUUUAUUUUCCUGUAGAAGUCAAAUGAGGAUUCUGCCUCGACUGCCAUUCAUUCCAGUUAGACUGGUUUGGAUUUCUCCCUGAACAAUACGGCUUCCAUUAUUCACCCUGUUCUGGAAAUGUGAGGGUUUUUGACAUAGCCCCCCCCCCCCCCCCCCCCCCCCUCCAUCAAACUACUGUAUUUAAAUGGAACCCUAUUCUCUAUAUAGUGCACUAAGAUUUGACCAGACCCCAGUCCAAUGUACUGCACUAAGAAGACAAUAGGGUGCCAUUUGGGAAGGAGACAUUAUAUAGCUGUGUAAUAUCACAGAAGUUGGACUCUCGUGUUGACUACUGUAGGGGAAGACUGUUGUUGUUCUCCAUCGGGCCAACUCUUCAUCAUCAGUUUCAUAUUUGUAAGUGUUCACCAUUUUUGGUUUGUUUUUAUGACUUGAACAAAGAGAGGAAUGUGAACAGAGGCCGUAUGUAUCAAACAUCUGAGUAGGAGUGCUGAUCUAGGAUCAGGUCCCCCCCGUCAAUGUAAUCGUACUCAGUAUGCUCUAAAAUACUCAAACUGAUCCUAGAUCAGCACUCUACUGUCGGAGUAGAGAUGCUUGGUACAUAUGGCACCAGGAUUUUAAUGCAAAGCUGCUUUGGCUUGGAAGGACGGGCGUUUCAGAUUUUUUUGUGUGUUUGACCUCCUGGGUCAAAGAAUUGUCUUUGCGCUCCACCAGCUCCAUAUAAGCUGUUGACUUCCGUUGUUUUGGAGACGCCGUACAUUUACUGUCAUGUUUUGUUUUGCGUGUUUUGUGAAAUCAUCGUCAUGACCUUUGUGUGAUUUAUUAUGUGUCAUCCCAAAUGGCACCAUAUUCCCUGUAUAGUGCACUACCUUUGACCAGAGUCCUAUGGGCCCUGGUCAAAAAGUAGUGCACUAUAAAGGGAUUUUGAUGCCAUUUAGGAUGCAGCCUUCCUCUCCCUUCACAUCCGGGCUGCUGUCUUUUUACAGUAAAUGACGAGGCCAGUCGUUCAUAGUUGGAGCUUGGUCUGUCUGUGCAGGCAGGUAGCUUUGUUUUACUACGAUGUGGACGCUCUCGUUCUCACCUUCAUGGCAUUUUGCAUGGCUAAGUGUGGAAAUGGAUCCGAGUGUCUCGAGAGGGACUGGGGGAUGCUACAGAUUUACUACAGUAGUAGUGAAAACAAAUGGUCUUUGCGUCAGUGUCACACCACAUCAGUAAGCCAGUAUUCACAAUGUCUUUUUUCAGUGUUGCUGUAAACAUUUGUAAUUCAACGCCCUUGUGCCUGUAUUUAUGUAGUUUUGUUCUUUUUUACACUUCACACUUUUUAUGCAGUUUGUAUUCAGCCUACUACAUUUCAUUUUUUAUUUUUACUGCUCUAAUUACGUUGGUAACCAGUUUUAUAAUAGCAGUAAGGCACCUCUGGGGUUUGUGGUAUAUGGCCAAUAUACCACGGCUACGGGCUCUGUCCUAGCACUUCGGGUUGCGUCGUGCAUAAGAACAGCCCUUAGCCGUGGUAUAUUGGCCAUAUACCACACCCCCUCGUGCCUUAUUGCUCAAGUAAAGGUUUGUCAGUCACUGGGCCUGGUUAAUACUCUUAGAAUGCAUCCAUCCUUCCACCAUAGCUCCCUUGGAGUCGACGCUGUUCUGACAUAACUGUGUCUUAAGCUACUUUUUUGCAUACAACAUUGCAUAUAAUUACUGAGAAAUGUGGUUUGAUGAAUGGAGUUUAGUGAUGGCACUCUGAGCUAUUAUCACCCAUCCAGUUGUCAGAUAAGUGAAUAUUUCAAGAGAGGAUAGAAGGGUGCAUUUUAGAAGUAUUCAACCAUAGCCAUCAUCUCAACACACAUAUUUCUCUCAUGUCAAUCUCAGACACUGACACUCAUCCACAGGUAGCAUGGACCAGACUCCCUGGCUGUAUAGAAUAUGGCAUGUUGUUUCUGGAAUGAAGAUGCCAUUUUGCCUAAACAAUCCCUCUCGAAAAGGAGACUUGUGUUUGUUUUUUCACUCUGAAUUAAUAAAACUUUAUUAAAAAUG